ACAGGGAAAGCGGGGCCUCGUCGCGACCAUGGAGAAAUUCUAGGGUUUUGCUCAUUGUCGGAUCAAUCGCUGUGUUCAUAGGCUCUGGUUCCUUUUCACUCGGGCGUGCUCGUUGAAGAGUGAUUAAACCUUCCCCCGCCCCGUGUAGUAGCGUUUUGUAGAUGUGACGAGCUUGGCCACCAGGUCAGGUCGCGUCAGGGAAGAAGUAGCAGUGCACGAUGUUGAGAACCGCGGGCCGAAGCUUGUUGUCGCGCGCGCUCCACCGAGCUGUGGUGGUGCCGCAGCACCCCGCUGGCCCUCCUCCAACGGCCGCCUUGAUGUCCUCGCAGAGAUGGUUCAAUGCCAGUGGGUUCCGUGCCGGUAGCCAUGCUCCAUCUGGCGCAUUGGAUGAAUUCGGGAUUGCGACCGGAGUCGAGCGUGAAGAGCUGGAAUACCAGAGUCAGGGAAAAAAGCGCUUCGACCUCGACCCACCCCGUGGGCCUUUCGGUACUAAGGAAGCUCCUGCAAUCAUUGAGUCGAACUACGAUGAACGGAUCGUUGGAUGUUCAGGAGGUCUCGGUGAGGACGAGCAUGAUGUGACGUGGUUCACUUUGGAGAAGGGCCAAACGCACGAGUGCCCCGUGUGCACCCAGGUUUUUGAGUUAAAGGUGAUAGGACCGGGUGGAAAGCCUGGAUCUGAUGAACAUCACUAGGAACCCCACCAGAUGUUGCUUGUGUUGUGUAGCGACAAGGUCUGAUUACUCAUGUUAGAGGUUACAUAUGAAAGAUUGGAGAGGUAUUUAUGUUCUAUGGAGCCUUCUUUUGAGCAAUUAGAGGUCUUUCUGUUAUGUCUGGUCCAAAGUUGUUCUGAUGGCCUUAUAAGUAGAAUCAAUUAGAAAUGUCUAUACUGAAAUCAAUGGUGCAUCUGAUUACCGCUGAAUGCUGUUCUAUGUCAGGGAAAACACAAAAUUUCAUAUUAGAUAUGGGGGGGUUCUCUAGAGAUAUCCGUCUCUUGCUUCUCCUAAUCUUUCUUCGUC